AAAAAAAAAAAAAAAAAAAAAAAAAAAAACAGAAAGAAGAAGAGAAAUGGAAGGUGGAGAAGAAAGGGAGAUGACGACGGGGGAGAUCAAAUGAACGGCAGAGUCUCCCAUUUCUUCUUCUCUCUCUCUCUCUCUCUCUCUCUCUCCCAUAAACUCCACUUUUUUUUGUGCUCCACCAAAAAGCCAAAGUCUGUGGCAGUAAUCAGCGAGCAGCGGAAGAGGAAGCAGAAGCAGUAGCAGAAGCAGUAGCAGAAGCAGAAGCGGCACAGCAGAAGCAGCAGCAUUCCAUCCGGUGCUUAAUACAAAAGAGAAUGAAGAUUAUAAAAGGCUCCAAGAACCCAACCCAUCUCUGCUAAUUUUGCCUUUUGUUUUUCUUUUUAAUCCCUAAAAAAAAAAAAAAAACAAAAAACAAAAAACAAAGAAAAAAAUCUCCCCCUUCUUCCCUCCUUUUUCUGUCUACAAAAUCUCUCUGCUAGAAAUUCAGAGAGACCCCACAUCCAUAUAACGCCUACAUAGAUUGAGUUCCACGAUCCCAAAUCUUUUUCUUCAAACCCCAAACCCAAACCGUAUAUAUUUUCCCCUCAUUUUCCCAAUUUCUUUUGUUUCCAUCUCAAUUUUAUAUUUAUUUUUAUCAUUUCUUAUCUUGUUUUUCCAUAUAUAAACCCAUCCGCCUUCAGUUGUGGCUACUACAAGGAGGUUACCUUCUGAUUCCGGUGCUUUUGCUGACUGGGCGGCUCCGUCUUCCUCCGCCGGCCGCGCUCCCCCUGAUGACCUCUCUCUUGGCUUCAAUGCCGCUCCUGCUGUCGCGCCACCUGCCGGACCCCCUGCCCCUAUGUGGUCCGCCGCGGCUGCUGCUCAGAGGUCUCUCAAUUAUGGCCUCGGAUCGGAGAUGGGAAUGGUCGGGUUACGAGAUGUGUAUGUUGUCGCUCCGGCUGCCUCUUUUAAUCCAAAUCCUCACCAUCACGACCCUAAUCUCAUCUCUGAUGAUCAUUCACUUGCCGUCUCUAACUCCGCCACCGCCCUCGGUGUCGGAGUAGGCGUCGGUGUUAUUCCGCUUCUCACUGCUGGCCCCUGCCUCGGCGUUGAGGAGGAUAAUCUCUUGGGUAGUCGGAGUGGUAGCAGAGGCGGAGGGAUUCAGCUAUGGCAGCAGAAUCACCAAUCGACGCAACAUUAUUUGAAGAAAACGCCGUCGUCUUCUCUCGACCAUCACCUCCAUAAUGCCUCCGGUACGAACAACGACCUUAUCGGAGGAGGAAUCGGCGUCUUUGGCGGUUUAGCUUCGUCGUCCUCGGCGACGACCACGUGCCAGGACUGUGGGAACCAAGCGAAGAAAGAUUGUAGUCGUGGACGCUGCAGAACUUGUUGUCGAAGCCGAGGGUUCGAUUGCGCGACUCACGUGAAGAGCACGUGGGUUCCUGCAGCCCGUCGGAGAGAGCGACAGCUCAUGGCCAUCACCGGAACCGCCGCAGACGGCUCUUCAGGUUCCGCCUCCGGCACAAAGAAACCGAGGCUUAUAGCCUCGCAAACCACUUCUCACACUUCCACAUCCAACACCACUCCUCCAGGAAGCAUCGACACGAGCUCCAGUCAUCAAGAUGCAGGAUUUAAAGAGGAAUUACCAGGCCAAAUACGUGCACCGGCGGUUUUCAAGUGCGUGAGAGUGACGGCGGUGGAUGACGGCGAGGAUGAGUACGCGUAUCAAGCAGUCGUGAAGAUCGGGGGCCAUGUUUUCAAAGGAUUUUUGUACGAUCAAGGCGUUGAAGCCGGAGAUGGCUUUCCUAAUGUAUCGGAACUGAAUUUGAGCGACGGCGGCGGUGGAAGCAGAAAUAAUCGGAAUGGUUCUUCUUCUGCUCCGUUUGUCGAUCCAUCGGAUGUUUACAACGCGGCCGCCUCCGGCAAUGGUGGUGCUCCAGGUUUUCUCGGUGGUUCAAACUAUGGUAAUCAAAUCCGCUGAUAUAUUUUAUUCUAAUUUUCUUAACGGUUCAAGGUUCUUCCCAGAAUCAAUCGGCAGCCAAGGAUCUGCAACUGUGUAAUCUCAUCGGACUCUUCUUCCUUUUCUACUAACCCAAUUUUCCCUUGAAUCCAAUUUAUUUAUGUCUCAAAAUCUUCUUGGACUGAUUCAGAUUGUGUAUAUCUCACUUCUUUCAACAUAUUCUCCUUACUCAAUAUUCAACUCUUUUCAUGCCAUUGAUCUUUCA